UCGGACUUUAACUUAUGAUGGCGUCCGAAUCAUCAAAUGGUAGCAUGGAAAAUAAAAGUUCUGUAAAGGACGAAUCAUCUCCAGUCGACAUUCAAAAAAAUGUAGAUCCAGAAUUAGAUGCUAUACUAGACAGUGCAUUAGCAGAUUUUGAUAAGCCAAAAGAAGCAGCAACCAAGCCACAUGACCCACCACAGGCAGCAGAGGCUGAGAAAGAUAGUAAAAAACCUGAGGAGAGCUCACCAGAGGAAGGAAAUUAUGAUUUCCUAGCAGAUGCCAUGAACAAAUCUUUUGAGGAUACCUUCAAUGCCCUGUUGGCUGACCCCAAUAUACAAAGACAGUUUGCUGAGUUGGCUGCAUCAGCAGAGCAAGCUGCCUCCACCAACAACGCAGCAGCUUUUGCAGAGACUGUGGAGAAAACUUUGAGUGGCCUCAACUUGAAUGCCGAAAGUUUACAAGGAGAUCCCAACCAGCAAGUGCUGUGGGAACAAUUGGCAGAAACACUGGGAGCAGAAGGCGGCGGCGGUGGUCCUGGCAUGGAAGAAGGACUGGGAGCCAUGGGGGGAAUGUUUCAGAACAUGGUCAAACAGCUGCUGUCUAAAGAGCUGUUGUACCAGCCACUCAAGGAAGUCUCUCAAAAAUACCAGGUGUACAUAGAAGAAAAACAGCAUGAUCUUGAACCAGAGAAGCUGAUAGUUUACCGCAAACAGCUGGAGAUUAUUGAGAAAGUUGUGGAGCACUUAGAUGGGGACUCUGAUGAUCAUAGCCUGGAAGAGAAAAACUCUCGAUUUGAAGUUCUUUUGGACUUAUUGCAGAGGAUGCAUGAACUUGGUGCUCCGCCCCAAGAAGUUGUUGGAGAAGGCAAUAUGGUCAUGCCAAACUUUGGUGACUUGGGAGAAAUGGGACAGAUCCCCAACUUGGGUCAGUUUGGUGGAGCUGCACCUCAGGACCCUUCCCAGUGUUCACUUAUGUGAUAAAUAGGGACUGGAAUAUUUAUUUGUUUACAUAACACUUUAUCCAAUGAAGAGACCAACAGAGACUUGGCUUACUAGUUCAAAACCUGAAGAUAUUUUGUUUGCUGAAAAAUUGUCACUGGAUUAUUGAUUCAAAGUUCAACAACUCAUUGAGAAGAUAUGGGAGGCGUGGUGCCACUGGAUGAAUAUAGAAAGAGGAAUUGCAGUUUUCAGAGUGUUAUUUGCUAGGAUAUUUUUCUAGUCUCAACAGUUGUGUGCUUUCUUUAUGCAUAAUGUCAUUAAGCUGAUUAUAAUCCAGCUUUUUAUAUUGUUAAACUGAAUACAGCUAAUGAUUUUGAAGUAAUUAAAAGAAGGUUAAAUUUACAUUGAUCCUAAAUAGUACACAUUUUUUAUUGAAACAAUUUAAGAAAGAUAUUUAUUCCUUAUAAAAUAUUAUCUGCCAAAAAAGAAAGAAGUUUUGAAGACUAUGGUGCCAAUGGUCAAAACUAAAUAUCAGUAAAGAAAAUGUCUUUUAUCGAUUAGAUCAUAUAAUUGAUAUCCUAAUUUUUUAGCAUCAGGACCGAACUGUUUUUAUUAGCUUAGGCUACGACUAAUUUUUAUUUUUUUGAAUUGCUUUUGUCUAGCAUGUUUUUCAUGUCAUAAGCAUGCACACUGUGCUAUGGUCCAAUCUCUUUUGUGGAUGUAUUGGGGGGGAGGGGGGUAGUGGGUAUCUCUUAAAGAAGGCGCUCAGCCAACCCAAAUCAGCUCAAGCUAGGGUUUGAACUCGGAAGCCCAGUGGUUUCUGCUACUCAGCCACACAUCCCAGAAUUAUUUCUGUGAGCGACAUUAUUUAAAGAAACUCAUCCCAGUUUCUGAUACUUGUGAAAACUAUAAGCAGAACAAAAAGUUAAAGAUAAAGAAAAAUUGUAUGAAUUGAAUGCUUGUACUAUUCUGAGGAGCUUAUGACAGGAUCGAUCAUUAACCUUAGUGAUCAGUGAUUGUAACUUUAUGUUCACUUUCACAAAUUUUCUUUUUGUUAUCAAUGGCUUCAAUUGAAAUGAAUCUAUGUCCCAAUAGCUAAGAAUGUUUGACAAUGUUAAAUAAAUUUAAAUAUUUGAAUAGAGUUGUACUACUUUCAAUCAGUCAAGAAAAAGGAAGAACCAACAAUUUUUUUUUUGCAAAAUAAGGCGCAUGUUGUAGCUAAUCACUUGAUAUCAACAAGUUAAUGAACUAGAUUAAUGAAAGCAUUUAAUUUUCUGUUUUAUACGCUUUGAAUGUUCUUCCAUUAAUGAAGAUUACAUUAUGUCCUUGCCUUAACUUCCUGCAGGACAGUAGAAGUGAAUUUAAUACAAGUAAUUUUCCUUGCUUACUUGAAUGCACUAUUUCAUUAACUUUGCUUCAAGGGAAAUUACUUGUCUUAAAUUUACUGCUUAUCUUAUCUUAUAUAAUACAGACGUUACUUCAAAAAAGAAGAUGAUUACGUCCUACGCGUCAUGCAUUUAGUCAUGCAUAUUAACCAAUGACUUAAACUCUGCCAAGUCACUGGUUUUCCUGGCUAGCUCAGACAACCCAUUCCAUGCUCUAAUAGCACCAGGGAAGAAGGAGUAUUUGCACUCUGCUGUUGCUAGUCAAUCGUUGAUAAAAAUAAACUUGCUGGAGCGACUAGUUGAAGUAUUUUAAUUCUGCUCAACUCAUGAUUUUUGUGGUCCUGUUGAGAUAUUCAAGGUACCUUCAGACAGUAAUGUCUUUUCAAGACUUCAAGAUAUUAACUUUAGUUCCCCCUAAUGUUAGUUUUUGUUUUGUUUUGUUAAAAUGCUACCAGCAAGUUAUUAUGACAGUAUUCGUUAUUUAUGAUUUAGUUUAAUUGGUGCAAACAUAAAUUUAAAGCCAAGAUAUAGUGCUUCUGUAAUUUAUAUCAAUUUUAAUUAAUAUGGCUGCCUGGUCAUGUGGUAAGCCCUUCUGUCUUCAGACUCACAAGGAUGGUACUGAGUUGAAACCCUGACCCACCCAUCCCCUGCCGUCAUGCAAGACUUUAAGGCUAGGACUUAAUGUAAUCUUCAUUUAUGAGAGAACAUUCAAAGCGUUAUAAAACCGAAAAUCUUUUCUAAACAAUAUUUUUUUCAGCUCAUGUGGCUGUCUAUCACUGUAUUAAGUGAUCAUACUAUUUGGUUCCACAUAAAAUGUAGGUUUUAUACUAUUUUACCAUCUUUCUUUGAACAUGUUACAUCAUUUAUAGAUUUUAUCAAACACAAAUGUCUUCAUAUUUAUGCUAAUGUCUCAAGUAAAAAAAAAUCAAAACAAUGAUUGUUGACAGUCGUUUUUGGUUCACCUGUAAACACGAUGUUAUCUGUGAAAAAAUAUUUUUUCUAUUAAUUGUGAGGGUUUUUUUUGUUUUGUUUUUUUUUUCAAAUUACAUUAUCUUGCAUAUCAAAUGUCUGGCAAAAUGAGUCUCUAGCUGCAGGCCUUUUUCUUUCAUGCCAUUCAAUGUAAAUAUUUUAGGGCAUGUUGUUACAGAGAAAUAGUGCUGCUAAAUUAAAUAUAUUUACUAUAAUAUAUAUUUUGAAAGGCCUUAUUUAAAACUAUUAAUUCUAGCAUUUUGUUAAGUGUACAAAAUAUUAAUCUCAGAGUUCAAAAUAGUUCAAAAUUGUGAAUUUUUAUUAGAUUUUAUUUGGAGUAUAUUUAACUCCCCUCCAGUCAGCCCAUCACUUCAUUUGACUUUUUGUCUUGUUCUUACCCAUCCUAGACUCAUUUUGCUUGAAACAGUCACUGUUAAAUGACUCGGAUUUAACAUGACUGCUGCGACUCUGGGGUAAAUAAAGAAAUGUCAUUAAAAACAUGAUUGUAAUGUGUCUCUACUAGUCCUUCAUGACGACAGACUUAAGGCCUGUUACAAGUCCUAUUUCUUCUCAUGGCAUAGAAAAGUACAGUUUAACAGUUGCUAUGGACUCUUCUGUAGACAUUGUUAAGUUUAUUAGACAUAGAGGCCUGUCCUAAUUCAUCUCAUGGUAUAGAAAAGUAUGUUUCUAUAGACUCUACUAUAGAUAUUGUCAAGUUUACAUUUAUUUAAACUUACAUCUGCCUGCUCAAAUAUUGUCACUAAGUUGCUUUCUCUGUGCCUUUAUGUAUGCUCUAUGGACUUGUAUAUUAAAUACUACCCAGAUUGUUUUAAUUAGCAUUUUUUUAAUCUGUCAUUAACUUUGCGAACUAGGGAUUUAAAAAAAAAAAAGAGCUCAUUUUUAAUUAGUACUUCUAACACUGAACUAAAAAAAUGUUUAAUAAUUAAGUAAUAACUUUCAAGUUGUACUUGAGGUUUUCUAGAGCUAGCCCCAUUUUUUAAUUCUUUCUCUACGUAGUUAUUUUCCAUAUUCCGAUGGAAUUAUUCAUUUUGCUCAUUUGUGUUUCACUCUCCUGUGAUGAAUUAACUUUUUGGUUUGUUAUCAGGAAAUAUUAUAUCAGGUAUAGAAUUUUAGGUGAAUGCGUGCUCUUUUUAUGCAACACAAGUUAAAGUUUAAAAAAAACAAAAUUUAAUUUAACUUAAUGGGGUUAAAUCAAUAUUGGUAUUGUCAGUUAGGAGAGAAAGAGUUAAGAAUCAGCUUGGAUGAAGACAGUUUCUACUCAUUCUGUACAUCUGAAAGUUUGAUGCCCUUUUAAAACUAUGAGCAUUACAAGUAAACAUUAGUUGGUGGUCAAUUUGAAUUUGCCCAAUUCUUGGUUUUUAUUCUGGAUUGUUUUUUUUUAUUGGCAACUAUUGUCUGCCCAUGACUCUGUGAAAUUAGAGAAACCAUGAAUUGUGUUACAAUGUGGCUUUGCAAUGAUUAGUCUUAGUUUAAUGAAUGUUUUUAAUUCAAUUGAUUCUACUUCAUAUAUCUUUGCAAUAAUGUUAUCAAGACAUUUUGAAAGUGUGACAUACAUAUGUUUGUGUGUAUGUGUGUGUAUACAGCAAGACAAACUUUUGUAAACAUUGUGUGGGAUGUGUGUGUGUGUGUUGGUGGGUGUAAAGGGAAGUUAAUUUCUAUUUCUUUUAAUUAUUUGUAUUUUAAAAACCUGUGUACAUUUUGAUGUCUUAAGACAGUUCAGUUUUAAUUUGUUAAGCACAGAAUAAUGAAUGAGAUGGGAAGUUCAAAUGUACAAGUCUCUGGUCCUUAGUAGGUCAUUUUUAUCUUGGUUAAAAGACAAGUUGCAGUAUUGUAGCCACUUCAUACAGUACUAUCACCAAAUACUUUUUUUUUCUCUUACCCAGUCAGUCCUGUCCUUAAGUCCUGAUUUACAAUCUCAGCUUCCACUAAGAUUUGAACUUAAUUUCAUCAGUUCUGUAUUCAAGUUUUUUUUUCCUCAUCUGCCAACAACAAAAAAAUAAAAAAAUGCCCCUCUUAUACAGGAGUUUCUUCAUCUAGCCAUCUGAGUGGUAGGCUCUUUGCAAUCUGUGCAGUGGAAAAGUAAUUACUAUUCUUGUCAGUUCUGUACUGCAUACCACAUAUCACUUAAUUACGUUUAGGGGGGCUGAUGUUAAUACACUAAUGGAGUGAUUCUAUUGAGUUAAAAUACUUUAAAUCUUUACAGAACAUUGAAUGGUUGGGUUGUUUUUCUUAGUUUUUGCUGUGAUGUUUUAUUCCUUUAAGUCAGAUGAUAUAAUAUUUGCAUACAUCUGUAAGGAUCGUUUGGUUUAUCGAGUACUAACAUUUCUCAAGUCUGGAUUUUGGUUUGGUUAAUGUAUUGUAACGGUUUUCUCGGCAGUGAAUAUGUCUGCCAUGGGUUGAUGUGAGUAGUUCGAUGUUUUAUCUUAAUACUUGUGAUUGAUUAGCAUGUGAAGUCUUUUGACUUAGUUGUGCAGUGAAAUAAUUAGUUCUUAGCGGGCAUGCUGAAUGGUUGGACUUACCUCCCUUUUCCUAAGGAACUCUUCAUUCACCACCCUGCUACCAACAAUGUGAUUUUAAAAUUUGUUCCUAAGGGACUUUCACCCAAGUUUGUAACAUUAUAGCCCCACAUGGAGUGCUAGUAGAGAUAGUGUGAUGUGUCAGCAGUCAAUGAUUUUCAGAGCAAGUUCAUAUUUUGAUUUGUGGAUGCUGUAAAUAUCUUGUGUCAUUGUGUGAAUUACAGACUAGAAUGUUAUUGCCUUUCUAAACACUUUGAAUAAAACAGUUCACGUUUAGUGACGACAGUAUU